AUGGCCAAAAUUAACAACAACCCUGUGGGGUGGGCUGGGCUGAGAGAGAGGGACCGUCCCAGCGUCGUGCCUCAGGCGGGACUUGAACUCGUGCUCUGGCACUUCCCAGCCGGGGGUCUUAGCCACUGGCUUCAUCCUUUACACGCUGUUUCCUUCCCCCAGUUCUCCCUCUUCACAGCCAUCCACAAGCACUGCGCUUUGCAGGAGUGGAAGGAAUUCGCAGCUCAGAAUCCGGAUUGUCUGCAGAACGUGGCAGCCAGCACCGGGACGUCCGAUUUGGAGCACUUGGAGCAAGUCCUGGAGGCCGUGCCACAGAUCCGCUACAUCUGCCUUGAUGUGGCCAACGGUUACUCUGAGCAUUUCGUCCAGUUCUUGAGGGAUUUGCGGAAGAGGUUCCCUCAUCACACCAUCAUGGCCGGGAACGUCGUGACAGGAGAAAUGGUGGAGGAGCUCAUCCUGUCGGGAGCCGACAUCAUCAAAGUGGGCAUCGGACCAGGCUCCGUUUGUACCACCCGGAAGAAGACCGGAGUGGGUUACCCUCAACUCAGUGCGGUCAUGGAGUGCGCAGACGCGGCCCAUGGCCUCGGAGGACACAUCAUCUCGGACGGAGGCUGCCAAUGCCCAGGGGAUGUGGCCAAAGCUUUCGGCGCUGGUGCAGACUUUGUGAUGGUGGGGGGCAUGUUGGCGGGACACACCGAAUCCGGAGGGGACCUGAUUGAAAAAGAAGGCAAGCAAUACAAGCUUUUUUACGGCAUGAGCUCCGAGGUGUCCAUGAAGAAAUACGCCGGAGGGGUGGCCGAAUAUCGGUAA